GUCAAGUAAAGUUGUUAGAGUGUGCAUCAAAGAUCUCACUGAUCAGCUCGACCCCUAAUAGUCCACCUCUAAUUCUUAGGCUACUACUACUCUCCGCUACUGGAAAAGUACGGAGAUUCACUCAAUUUCCCAUAAGCAUUAACAUUUAUGUCCAUACAUUUGCGCACCGCCAUUCCAUAACGGACAAUGGCAACACCCUUGAUUCAGCUCAUUUUCGUGGCAAGUGUAAUUUAUUUAACUUCGUGUGCUUUGCAUGAUGGACCACUGAUCCACACCAAGCUGGGAGCCCUCAGAGGCGAGUACUUGCGAGUGAGGGGAAAGACGACUGUGGUUCACUCCUACCUGGGCGUGCCCUUUGCUAAGCCACCUGUGGGACCCCUCAGGCUGGCCUCACCCCAACCUGUGCAGGGAUGGGAGGGAGUCAGGGAUGCCACCAAGCAACCACUUAUGUGUCUACAGAAUCGACAGAUAUCUAUAGACUUCGCAGCAAUGCUUAGCAUGGUUAUGGAGCUUCCUGUAGUGUCUGAGGAUUGUCUCUAUCUGAAUGUCUACACUCCUGCCAAACCUGCUGAAGAUGCCAAGUUACCUGUGAUGGUGUGGAUCCAUGGAGGAGCGUUAAUCAUGGGCUCCGCCUCCUUUUAUGAUGGAUCUGUUCUGGCAGCCUAUCAGAACGUGGUGGUGGUGCUGAUCCAGUACAGGCUGGGAUUGAUGGGUUUUUUCAGCACUGGCGAUGAUAACGCCCCUGGAAACAUGGGUUUCUUGGACCAGGUGGCUGCACUGCGGUGGGUUCAGGAGAACAUCCAGAGCUUCGGAGGGGACCCCUCGUCUGUCACCAUAUUCGGGGAGUCCGCAGGAGCAAUGAGCGUCUCAAUGCAGGUCCUAUCACCAUUGAGCAAUGGCCUUUUCCACCGUGCAAUUACAGGGAGUGGGGCCGCCACAAUAGAAACCUUCGUUAGCCUAGAGCCUAUGAGAACAGCUAAGAUUGUGGCCAAUGCUAUGAAAUGUAAUGGCACCAAGCCACACCAGAUUGCUGACUGUGUGAUGAAGAUGUCGACAGAGGAUAUCUUAAAGGUUGCGGAGAUUAAGGGAUGGCUCUUUGGAGUGACUAAAGAUGGAAAUUUCAUGCCAAAACAUGUGAAGGACCUUUUUGAAUCUCAUGAGUUCAGCAAAGUCCCAUUAAUCAGUGGUGUGACCAAUGAUGAGUGUGGCUGGAUGGUGCCUUUUUUUAAUGCUCCACCUGGGUGGGUGGAGGGAAUGGAUCGUGAGAUAGCCAAAGAAGGUAUCAUCCACUUCUUCCCAAAAACAGAGGACUGGAUUAUUGACUUGAUUGUAGAUGAGUACUUGGGUAGUGGAGAGAAUCGGAUCAAAAACCGGGAUGGAUUUUUAGAGCUCUGUGGAGAUAUUCUCUUCAUCAUUCCUAUCAUCAAGCUAUCGAACUUUCACAGAGACUCUGGUGCACCGGUUUACAUGUACGAGUUACAACACCGUCCGAGCACAGUCUAUGACAGACGUCCAAGUUUCGUUAAAGUGGACCAUGGAGAUGACAUUGUGUAUGUCUUCGGGAGCUGCUUCAUGAAAAGCCAUGUCAAGAUUAACGCCACCUGCACGGAGGAGGAGGACGAGCUGUGUAGAAGAGUUAUGUCAUACUGGGGAAACUUUGCUCGCACUGGAUCUCCCAAUGGCCCUGGGUUGACCCACUGGCCGAUGUACGGUGCUGGGGAAGAGUACUUGGGGAUUAGCCUGAAGCAGCAGGUGGGAAGCCACCUGAGGGCCAGCCGCUUUACCUUCAUGACGGAGACUCUUCCCAAGAAGAUCCAGGAAAAGAAGCAGCAGCAAAGUCAUGAGCUGUAGAAGGACAGCGUCAGCUCCCUUCUCUUCACAUUAAACAAUACUUCCAUAA